GACGAGCUUAGAGGCUCUCGUGGCGUACGAAGACAUCGCCACAACGGUGGCCGGGGGGAGCCUCUGCGGCGAUCUCUGCAAUAUGUCGAAAGUCGAAGCUAGCAAUUCACCUGCGGAAGCCAGUCCGGUGUUCGUUGAGGUCGUCGUCCCCUGGCUAUUCGGCCUGAUCUGCGUUGUCGGUCUGGUAGGCAACGCCCUUGUCGUUGUCGUGGUCGCGUGUAACCCGCAAAUGCGCUCCACAACAAAUAUGCUUAUUAUCAAUCUCGCAAUUGCCGACCUGCUCUUUAUUGUUUUCUGCGUGCCUUUCACUGCAAUCGACUACAGCAUCGGCUAUUGGCCAUUCGGCGACGUGUGGUGCCGCACGGUGCAGUACUUCAUCAACGUGUGUGCGUUGGCGAGCAUUUAUACGCUGGUCCUUAUGUCAGUCGACCGAUAUCUGGCCGUUGUUCAUCCGAUCACAUCAAUGCAGCUUCGAGUUGAACACAAUUCGCUGAUUGCGUGCGCCCUGCUCUGGGUGAUCAUCGUUAUCGCCUGCAUACCAGUCGCGUUUAUUCACGGUACAAAUCCGGCAGGGGUAAACACCAGAGAGGUAUUCUGCACAUACGACUUUGACAGAUACAACCAUAACGUGUACCAGAUAGUAUUUUCGUUGACGUCCUUUUUCGCUCCGUUGGUCGUUAUCUUCGUACUCUACAUGCUGAUGCUCAAUCGGCUAUGGUUACGGGCGAGAAGUUCGGCGGAAAGCGUUCGAAGUCGACGGAGGGUAACACGACUGGUCGUUGUGGUCGUAUUAACGUUCGCCGUCUGCUGGGCGCCCAUUCAGGUAAUACUUUUCCUAAAGAGCAUGCAAAUGAUCGACGUUGCAUCGGACAUGACGCUGCUCGUUUUACAAGUUUGCGCCCAAAUCCUUGCUUAUACCAACUCAUGCUUAAACCCUAUUCUUUACGCGUUUCUGUCAGAAAACUUCCGAAAGGCGUUCCGGAAGCUGAUUCUUUGCGGGGCGCGAGAGGCGCCCCUCGGUCAGCUCGGUGGCCACCAGCACAGUGUGAACACCCAUACGCACAAUCAUCACCCGCGCGAGAGCACCGUUGUUACAACGGCUAACCGUCACAAAAAGGGCAGCGGGACAACGACCCUCACCGCUCGCAACGGACAGCUUAUUAGCGACAUCUUGUUGUCCCAGCCGUGUGCCGUCUCCGAGCCAUUGCUUCAAUCUCCAUCUCAGCGAGAAAGCCAGCUACCACAGCCUUCAGUUGAGGCAAUGGCUUCUGAUGACGGCGGAAUUGGGUGUGGAAGCGCAAGCACCACUACGGCAAUAACGAAUAUGACAACAACGACAUUCGUUGCUGGCACAGACGGCAGCCCGAUAGCUGCUGGCGUAGGAGCCGCAAAUGUUGGUGUGGUGCAGGCGUUUCGGGCACGCGUCGCGCCAAAAGGAGAAAUUAUCACUGUCAUUUGUCACAGGCCGCAAGACGAACUCGUCUAGAUUCGUGUGGAAGAAUGAAGAAAGCACUGACUAAACAUAAACGAAGAUUCUACGACUAUCGUUAGAAAUUCAACCUAAUACUGUAAUGAUAGCCGUUUGUGCUUCCUUAUCCUCGCGAUGGCUUGCUCUUUCACGUGACUGUGAAUAAGAUAAACACACUUCAAAAAUGGAACAUAUCAAACAAACACAGAAAAACUACAGACGAUAAAUAAAAGUUAUCCGUGUUUAACGUCGCAUCUUGUACGCCUCUAAAGAAAACGAAAUGCAUUUAAAUCGCUUGAGUCAAACUGUCGUGUUUAGGAAAACCGGAAAGAUUGGGAUCAACACAUAUAUAUACUUGUAAUGCCUUUGGUGCUGUUAUUAUGCGAAUACAACAGUGAUCAUUUAUAUAGAUUAGUUAUAGAAAUCGUUUAAUCUAUUCGACAUGAUGUCAUAUGGAUGAUCGCCGUAAGCAGCAGCUGUUUUGUCAGAACGACGUUGGCGACUAAAGAAACAUACCACUAUUGGCAACCGAAGCCCAUCUAGAAACGGAAACCUUGACUGGCUCCCUAGUAGUUUCGUCAUACCAAUAAAAAAUCGCAAAUAAGCAUGCGUUUCGAGUGGUGGAUCCGGUAUUGCCGUUAGCAUUGCUUCACAUGGUUGGCCACCAGCACGAAACAAAGUAAGUCCUUGCCCGGUCGAAGGUCGAAAAAACACUAUACGUACGCCAUUUUCAAAGGACACUUCGAAAGAGAUUACGGCUGACUUACAGAACGUUUAUGUGCAUAUAGAACUUUUAGUGAACAUGCAUGAUGUCUAGAAACGGCCCACGAAAGACACUCACCAGUACUAAGGUGCCGUCCUUGAAGCAUGGCACAUGGGAUCAUUCUAUCACACUACAUAUAAUGUCGGAUUGAAUAUAUAGUAUAUUAAGUUGUACAUAUUCAAGUAUACGCAUGUAAAUAUUUACCAGUACGUACACAGGUAUACCUUCUACGAGCUGUCAGUCAGCUUCAGAAGGAAUCAAAUAGUGUACCUCGUAUGAACGCAUGUAUGUCAUCUACGGGACAAGAAGUUAAGUUCGGGAAACUUCUCUUUGUUGAAGUUCAAAGUUUCUCUCAAUGCUUCUGCUAGCGAUAGACGUGAAUUGCAUCUCUUUCUCACAGAUAGGCAUAUAUAGCACAAUGGUAAGAAGUGUCGUAAUUGAAAUGGGGCAGGAAUGACUAUGCUCUUCACCCCCUGCCGCUCUCAUUUAGACGAAAUCAGAAACCCGAAUUGUCCCCUAUGGACCUCAACGUUGUUUUGAAAAGUUCCUAGCUGUAAUAAACUUUCAACGAGAUUUCUAAUGUGCAACACGUGUAUGGCAACAUCAUAAUAACGGUAAUGAUUAUUGCUAUAACAGUAUAUAAAUAAUGUGUUUAGUUUUAAUUGUCAAAAUUACUAUUGUAACAUGUAUAACACUGCGGAACUAUAACAUAGCGAACAACAGGCUACAAUAAUUUAUUGCUAUCAUGUACAUAUACAGCUGCAUAGCACUGAUUCCAGACCUCACGUGAUGUACACUCUAAACUAAUGUAUUAAUGCGGUUGUUAUAUUAUCAUACCAAUAAUUACAUUGACAUAAAAACAACAAUUAUAAAAAACGUAAUUUUUCAUUUGUGAUUUUAUUUACUUAUUACUUAAUUCUGUGUCAUAUAUUUGUUUGACUUAUAUGUUUUGCGUUGAUUUUGUGAACAUAGGUAUUGCGUUAUGGAACGUAA